AUGGGCUGGCGACAGCCUGUCGCCAGCGGUGCAGCGGACGCGAUGGCUCUGAAAGCUGAAGGUCAGGUAUGGCUACUCUCAAACACGGACCCAAAGGAGGACAUUGUGCAUGCCAACGACUCCAAAACAGAGAUGCAGCAACUGACACUGAGAACUGAGAAGAGAAGUUCCAUUGCUGAGGCCCUUGGAGUGCCGUCUCAGCCCAUGAAGCUAAAGAAGAAGGAGAAGGGCGUCACUAAGAGGACCAAGCUCAUUAAUGCUCAUUUGCCAGAGCUUUCUGAAAAUUUGGAAGGCUCUUCUAUUCUUGAUAAUGAAGACACGGAAGCUUACUGGAAGAUUUAUUACAAUUCCAAAAAGCUAUGGGGGGGGCUUACUGCAAUUUGGAAAGGCAUUAAGGCUUUGGUGCAAAACAUUGAAAGUUCUUGGUGUUUGCGUAAUCUACGUGGACCGCGAUAUUUUGCCCCCAAAAAUUCAAUAACCUCCAACGACCUCAACGAGACGACCAUGAUCGCUAAUAGCUAUCUCCGUCUUCAUCCAAAAUCGCUAGCUCUCGCUGCUGGGUUCAAACUCCCCCACCGUUCAAUUUGUUCUUCAUCCGAGCUCGAUUUGGACAUGGCAGCGACUCAAUUGGGCCUGAAGAGCAAUUCUCCCUAUAAAAAGAAGAGCUUUUGGCAACUGCUGGCGAUGAGUCGCCACUCUUCGCUCGAGAGCUCGUCGGAAGUUGAGAAGAAAAGGCCUGUUCAGUUCUUGAAAGAUAAGAGGAUAGUUCCUGAUUCGGAGCCGCCGAAUCCGAGGGAUGUUGGUUUGCUGCAGCAAUUCUUUGAGCAAAGGUGCAGUCGAAGGCUUGUUGUUUUGACUGGAGCAGGGAUGAGCACAGAGUCUGGGAUUCCUGAUUAUAGGAGUCCUAAUGGAGCUUAUAGUUCUGGGUUUAAGCCAAUUACUCAUCAGGAGUUUGUUCGAUCACGUAAAGCCCGAAGGCGAUAUUGGGCCAGGAGCUACGCUGGAUGGAGAAGGUUCACAGCAGCACAGCCGAGUGCAGCCCAUACUGCUCUUGCCUCUUUGGAAAAAGUGGGUCGAAUUAAUUUUAUGAUUACCCAGAAUGUGGAUAGGUUGCACCAUCGUGCUGGUAGUGACCCACUUGAGUUGCAUGGAACUGUUUAUACUGUAGCUUGUUUACAAUGUGGGAGUUCUAUGAGUCGUAACUUAUUUCAAGAACAAGUAAAGGCCCUAAAUCCAAAGAAAAUUUUGGGAAUUGUGUGCUUCAUUCAUUUGACCAAUAUCCGAAACCUUGUUUCUCAAGAAAGUCUUCAAUUGAUAAUCAGCCAGUUCCUCAAGUGGGCUUCAGCAGUUGAAAGUCUGGAAUGUGGAGAUCCAGGUUCAGACAAGAAUUUUGGCAUGCAGCAACGUCCUGAUGGAGAUAUUGAGAUUGAUGAAAAAUUCUGGGAGGAAGAGUUUGAUAUUCCUGACUGCGAGAAGUGUGGUGGGAUGCUAAAACCUGAUGUUGUCCUUUUUGGUGAUAAUGUCCCAAAAGAGAGGGCGGACAAAGCGAUGGAAGCUGCAAAAAGUUGUGAUGCUUUCCUUGUUCUGGGUUCAGCGGUGAUGACCAUGUCUGCAUUUAGAUUAGUCAGAGCUGCUUCAGAUGCAAAUGCUUCCAUUGCAAUAGUCAACAUAGGUAAAACACGAGCUGAUGAUUUUGUGCCAUUGAAAAUCAAUGCUCGAUGUGGGGAGAUACUGCCGAGAUUGGUUGGAAUGGGAUGUCUUGCUAUUCCUAAUGUUUAGCUGAAGAUACAGAGAAUUAUAGCCACAUUGUAUCAUUUUAUUAGUUCAUUCAUUUUUGGUUCGAAAAACUUUGGCCAAUUGUAUAUGUCAAAACUGUCAAAAACAAAUAAAUCCAUUGUUGUAAGCUCGUAAUAGCUGUACCCUUUUCUUGAAUUAUCAUCACCAUUCAGUCUCUCUA